AUGUAUUCGAAAAACACCAUACUGUAUUUUUGCGUCACAUUGUACUUUUUGCAAUGUCAGAGUAAUGAAGUCCAUCGUCAAAAAAUAGAAGAUAUAGUCAAUGAACAUUACAAGCAAGGUAGCUUUGGCUACGAAAACUUCAUAAGUGUUAUUGACGAAGUAAAGAAGGCAACGGGCGCAGCGGUAGAAUUCCCCAGUCUCGUUGAAAUGGAAAUGGCAUUAGAAAGCCGUACAUUUCUAGGCAAUGUUUUGCACAUUACCCAAGGAAAUGAUGUUGACGGUGAAAUAAUGGGAUUGUUGAGAAAAAAAUUCAAAUUAUGUGAACUAAAACCAUAUGGCAUAAACUUUGACAAUUUACGUGACAUUAUUAUCAAAGCAAGACUGGCAAAGCGUGUAGAUAAUUCCACUGAUGUAAAGGGUCAAUUGAGAACGGAUUUAUUCAAAUGCGUUGUUCGUGCUUUGAACAAAAAUCAAAUCAUUGCCGGUCAUUUGAUAGCUCAAUAG